CUCCGUUCGGUCGGUCGGUCGGUCUGCUCCGAGGGCCGGCCGGAGAAAUCCGUCAGUAUGUGCCGCGCUGCCUUGCCGGCGAGUCUCACGUAGUGACUAGGUAUAUUCUUUCUUUUCGCUGUUCUCUCAAAUUUGAAAGUUCAUAAGUCACGAAGCGAGCGUCUCCAUCGUGCGUACUGUGACAAUUGAUACUCUCUCAGCCUAUCUCUCCUCUUUAUUUUCACUCUUGCUUCCUCUGUCUCCCGUCUUCGUUAGAAAACGAAGCAACGAGGAGGUGAUAAACUGUGCUGACCAAGCGUGUCCGAAGAAGCGCGGGAUCAAGCCAGUCGAACGCGGCAAAACGAUCCAAGGAUCGCAGAGCGACAGUUCGCCGGCGACGAGGAUACCGUCUUAUCGAUGAGAGAUACCAGGGGGUACGGUCUCCCGAGGGCAACCAGGGCAGCAGAGGUCACCGCGACGAUUCGUCGCUCACGCGGCAUCGCUCGCCGAAAAUCGUGCAGCCUCUGCCGCCGCCGCUAGCGCCGUCGUUGUCACCGUCGACGAGGAGAAUCAUCCGCCGCGCAAAUUUCGCGACGCCACGACGAGUGCGUAGAUCUAUCCGCGCAGCGGGCCAAGUGCCUAUCAAAACAUGGCCACGUGACCCCGACGGCACGGCUUGUAAACACUGAGUUUGACCACGUGGUCUGCUCCCUCUUUCUACCGUCAAGCUCUUGUCUGUAUCCCUCUUUCUCUCUCUCGCUCUCUCUCUCUCUCUUUCUCUCUAUCUCCCUCACUCUCUUGUGCUUCCAUCUCUCUCCGUUCCGCUUCGCCGCCUCGCGCUCCGACCUCGUCUAUCUCUCUUUCCCUUCCUCCUCCCUCUAUCACUCUUUCUCGUUCCAUCUAUCUGUUCCCCCGCCCUUCACCUCCACAUUGGUCGGCACGCUCGCCUUCCCCGGCUGUCUCGCUCUCGCCUUCGCGCUCUUUCGGCACGCAGAACGGCGCCGGGCAGAAUCCUCAGUUGGUUCGCCGCCGCCGACAACCGCACGCGAUUCGGACGAUCCUCCGACGAUCUUAAGCUGGUUUCUCGCGAGCGUGAGCGCCGACAAACGCGUCGCAUCCGCGUCGCGUCGCAUCGCGUCAUCGUGUCGUGUGCAAAUUUUUCGCGAACGAGUCCGCGUUCGAUCGAUCGAUCGAUCGAUCGGUCGGUCGAUUGGUGGGUGAUGUGUUGAAGAACUGCAGUGUCGGCAAAGAGCGAUAUAUAUAUAUAUACAUAAAUAUAUAUACAUACGUAUAUACACACGUCAAGAAGUAGAAAGAUCAAGAGAAAAGGCAGCGACAUUGCGUUACACGCGAGUUACGCGUGCGACCGCUCUCCGAAACCGGUGCAAACGAGCGCUACCGUGAGCCUUCGCUCGAAGCGAGGACGUACGAAGGCCGUCGUACACACGCGCCUACACGCACACGCAUACACACACGCAUACACAAAACACACGUGCCACGCAUACAGACGUACAUGAAAACGCGCGUGCACGCUCGCGUCUGGUGAUAGUGCGGGGACGAAAACGCGACUCGGGUCGUUCUCCUCUCGCGCGCGCGAGCGAGCAGGUUCUUGCCGAUCGCAGAUUGCCCUCUAGCGUCGCUGGCCACAGCGGACUACUCCCCGCGCGUCUCGCGUCUCGGUUCGAUCGCGAACCCCAAGUUCGAGGAGCGGGGCUGAACAUGAUGGAUUCGGUGCCGGUCUCGGCCUCGGGUUCGCUGAUCCCGUCGCUGCAGCAACAACAGCAGCAACAACAACAACAGAAGAAGGGAGUCUCUUUCGAAUUCUCCAAUUCGCCGGACCUAGAGACCGGCUUUGAGCCGCAGACUCGUGCGAGAUCCAACACAUGGCCGUUACCGAGACCUGAAGAAUAUGCGGAGGGCAAUGCGCCGACCGCCAAGGAGGGCGCCGAAGGCGGCACGCCACCCCAUCAGACCCAAUUGGCCCAGGGUGGUCUUCUACCGGUGAAGAAGAACUCGUCCAGGAGGAACGCCUGGGGCAACCUGAGUUACGCCGAUCUCAUCACUCAGGCGAUCACCAGCGCGCCCGAUCAGCGGCUCACGUUGUCGCAGAUCUACGAUUGGAUGGUAACGAACGUGCCCUACUUCAAGGACAAGGGUGACAACAACAGCAGCGCCGGUUGGAAGAACUCCAUACGCCAUAAUCUGUCGCUGCACAACAGGUUCAUACGAACGCAAAACGAGGGUACCGGCAAAAGUUCCUGGUGGAUGAUCAAUCGCGACGCCAAGCCGGGCAAAUCCGCACGUCGCAGAGCCACCACGAUGGAGAGCACCGGAAGUCUGGAAAAACGACGCGGCCGCUCGAAGAAGAUCGCCGACGCUCUGAGGAACGGUACGCUGCUGGCGGAAUCUACUUCCAGUCCCAGCAGCAGCGUCGGAGAAGGUCUUGACAUCUAUCCGGACAGUCCUCUACCCGCCAGCGGAUUUCAGCUCUCGUCUGACACGUUCCGUCCUCGCGCCUCGAGCAACGCGUCCUCUUGCGGCCAAUUGAGCCCUAUCCCGGCGGUUCUCGGGGAACCAGACUGGACACCGACCUAUGCGCCUUCAUACAGCCCGGAACAACAGUUGGCAGACUCGAUGCUAGCAGGCAACCUGGCGGAGACGAUGAAGUUGGAGUCGUACCAAAUGUACCAGACGUCACCGCCCGGCCACCAGCAGCAGCAACCAGCCCCGCCACCUUACUUUGAGUACCAGAGGAACAACGGCCUACGUACCCCGUCAUCCUUCGGCCUGCCACCCACUCCGCAGUCAGCCAAUCAGCAGAGAUGCCCGAUCCACGGUCUGCAGCCGUGCGCUUGUCAGAUGAAUCUGAGCCCCGUGUCCGGCAUGUCACCGUCGUAUCAGCAGAGCGAGCCCAGCCCGACGACACUAGGCAACAAUCAGCAGCAGACGCUGCAGUAUAUGAUUCAGAGCCAACAGCGCCAGCAGCAACAGCAACAGCAGCAGCAACACCAGCCGCAGCAUCAGCCGGCACAGACCGGGCCAGCAGGUCCUAGUCCGCCCAACACGCCGACACCUUGCCCAGCUACACCCAGCACUAUGAUGGGUCAACUAAUGGGCGCCCUCAAUCAUUCCGCCCUUCUUGAUGACCUCAAUAUCAACAUCGAGUCGAUGCACGGCGGCUUCGACUGCAACGUCGAAGAAGUGAUCAAGCACGAGCUGUCGAUGGGUGGUACGCUGGACUUCAACUUCCAGCAAGGCGUGAUGGGCACCGCCGCGAUCCAGGUGAGCGAUGGCAACAUCGGCCAGAACGGCGCCGUCAGCCAGAAUAGCGGCGUCGUUGUCGGCACGACGACCGGCAACGCACCUGCGGGCGUAUACGUCAGCACGAACGCGGCGACCCCCGCAGCGCCCCCUUCGUGGGUUCACUAGCAGUUAACCCCCCUGCCCUCGACACCCCCAUCGUCCUUGCCGAUGCCGUUGUCCGACGGGCGGGAUAACUUCUGCGGGACGACCGAAGGGCAGCUCAUCGACGUUCGACAUGUCGAGGACGAGAGGGUAAACCGUCGACUUGUGAUAAGAUAUAGACAUAAUGAUGCAAGAAUAAGACGAAAUACGUACUUCAAGAAUGCCAAUUUACGCUAGUGCGAUUGUGGUGCGAGAAACUAGAACGCGCCUGUAGCGCGAUCAACGUCGGCGAGGGCGUUCCAUCGCUUCAUCAACGUCCGCAGCCUCAUCUUCGGCAAGCUGCUGCUCAAAAUAGAGGCCGGAGAUGCUGGCGGUGACUGCGAGGUUACGGGCUUUCGCGAGAUCGCGCACGCGAGAAUUCUACAGCGCGGCGGAUCGGUCGCGAUCGUUCUACUGUGGAUCGAGGGUUUCGGUGAAAUCUCGCAAAAUAUUACUUCUCUCGUUAGGUAGGCAAUUAACUCCUUGUGAUUAGCGACAAUUUUCGCGGGAACGACACGAGAUCGUAGAACGCCCGUUUUUUGGAAACGUUCUUCUCGGUAUAUCGCUUCCUUUCAUCCGGCCGCGCGCGCCGCGCCAAAGUCGUGCUGUUUCUUGCAGGAGAAAUUAUUUCGCUGAUUAACCCUUGAAUUCCGAAUGGAAGGCUGGCGUUGAGAAACCCGACAUUGAUCAUUAGAGAUUAUUAGGUUCCUUCUCACUUUUCUACCUGAUAAUUACGAGACGUGAGUCCGAUGUUACAUCUACAAAUGACGCGGUUUCUCCGCACGCGUUUGAACUUUACCUUAAUGUAUAAUUAUGCGGAGAAUAUUUAUUUUGAUAUUUAUAGAAUCGUCCGCGCAAAAUACGAUUCGGACUCUAAGGGUUAAUUCGUAUUUUAUUAUCUUUCGCCACUGUCGUCUAAACAGGAUAAGAGUUACUCUGCGUAGCAAUAUAUAAAUAUAAAUAUAUAUAAAUAUAUAUAUAUAUAUAUAUAUAUAUAUAUAUAUAUUUAUAUAUAUAUUGCGUUAUGUUUAGGAACGCGUUCGAGAUAUACAAAUAACAUAUUGCUCAAAGAAAUUCUGCCGAUCUGUAGCGACGAUUUUGCAAUAGCGAUUUAAGCUAUCGGUCCCGAGUUACGUACUCGCGACACGCGAUACACCAUCGUCGGGAUCGUCGCGCGUCAUCGGGAGAUCCAAGUCGAAGGAUCAUUCGAGCGGUAACCUCGCGUGCAUUCCCCGAAGUGUCCGAUCUUCGAGGAUCGCGGAGCCGAAUCGCCCAGACGUCAACUGGCAGAAUGAAUAAUUUAAGCGCGCUUAGAGAGCUUCGGUAGACCGACCUCGCCUGAGAAAAAACGCGGUUUCUCAACUCGAUCUGAAUGAGUCGCGAUCGACGAAUUCGCAGUUCCAUCGCGCGGACGGGUCUCCCCGGGAUCCCUCAAGGCCCGCUUGAUCGCCCGUGGUCGACGGUAUCCAAGUCAAUUUUUACAGUUUUAAGACGCGCGUUGCGAGCUGACGAAAUUGAAGUCGCGCCUCUAACGCGGCCGUCUCGCGAACGCGAGCUAAAUCUCCAGGGCGUCGCGGUCCCUACAAUCGAAUAACAUACGUAUAUAUACAUAUAUAUUUGUAAGGACACGGCGGUGUGUAUGUGUGUGCGCGUGUGUGUGUGUGUAUAUGCGAUGUGUAUGCGCGCGCCUGUGUAUGUUAAUGAGUGUACGGGCGGAGGACAAGGCAGGAGAGGAGUGAUGAAGGGUUGAAGGCUCGCCGACGUUUUGCCGUGCGUACAACGAUCUCUGUUGUCUAUAAGGGUAACCUCAUAGUGCUCCUAAGACGCACUCUGUCGUCGCACAGUGCGUCCCUUUUAGGCCACGCGCGCGUGCUAUUAUUGCAUUACCUCACGCACUUAGUCGCGACUGUUUUUCUAAGCGAAUGUGCGACUCGGCGAAGCUAUCCGAGAAAUCGCAAAGAUCUCCCGUUUUCUUUUACUUUUUUUUUCCACUUUCAAACACGAAAUCAUUGCCGACGUGACGCUCUAAAUGCGAACGUAUACCUUCGCUAUUUUACAUGGAACGUAAGAGACACACACGCACAUUGGCUCACCCUCACGAUCCGGAAACGGACGGUCGCGUUCAUGCAGCGAGAGACGAGGAGAAUUUUAUAUUUUUCCCUUGCGUUUCGAACAAAACACAUUUCGGAUCUCGAAUUACGGAGUCGCAUUUUUUUUUCGAAGGAAAGAACGUCGGAGAGUGAUCGCGUGUGCACUCCGGAAGGACGCACUGUGUGCAAAGAAAUAUAAAAAAAUAUAUAUAUAUAGAUAUAUAUAAUAAUUAUAAAAGAAGUAUAUACAUUAUUAUUGUAUGUAAUUAAGACGGAGAUAAGUACGAAAAAGGAGUCGCUAGAGCAUACAGUGCUAUAUAUACAUAUAUACAUAUAUAGGGUAGUCCACUUAAGUGUUAACACGCCUUUUAUCUCCUGAAUCGUUAAAGAUAUUGAAAUGCGGUUUUUACUGAGAUAAAUUAGAUGAAGAGGCUACUAAUAUGCCGAAUUUUUAAGAUUUUGACGCCAUCUUUGAUUAAAUGGACAUAUAUCUUUUACAGUAUAUCAAAGUUGGUUGAAAGACUAAUACAACGAUAUAAGGUUUGUUACAAAUUGAACAAAUAAUUGUCGAAAAAAUAGCGUUGAUAAGUUUGGACAUUGCGCUAUGUGCCUGUCACCGAUCAAAAGAUCGAUUCAUGAUUGAAACAUCUAUCUUGCAUUACGUUUGUCAAGAGAGCAUAGUUUCUUGGAAUUCAUCAAAUUUUAUGGACAGCUUCUUCAUCUAGUUUAUCUUGGUAAAAACCGCAUUUCAAUAUUUUUAAUAUUUCAGAAUAUAAUAGGUAUGUUAAUACUUGGAUGGACCAUCCUGUAUAUAUAUGUGUGUGUAUUUAUAUACAUAUAUAUAUAUACACACGUACACACAUAUAUAUAUUAUAUAUAUUAUAUGUAUUCUCUCUAUAUAUAAUAUAUACAUAUAUAUAUAAUGAUAUUAUACAAAAAAUAUUGAAUAUACUCUAUACAGUAAAGUAUAAUUGUACGUUCGCUAGUGUUAUAUAUGCGUUAUAUAUAGUACUAUAUAUAUAUAAACAUAGGUACAAUUAAUAUAAGUAAACUGCUACCAGUAGCCGUUUAAAAGUGUAAGUUUAGUCAUCGAUCAAUGAACGAACCGCGACUUGGCAAUCGCCAUCGCGGCAUUUCAAUCUGCUGUAUCGACUUUAGGUGAAACGAUAUGAGGAAAGACAGAGAGAGAGAGAGAGAGAGAGAGAGAGAGAGAGAGAGAGAGAGAAAGAGAGAGAGAAUAUAUUCAGCCGAGAGCUGUACGUUUACGACUCGUUGGUGCUUCUCCCUAGGUAAAUAUUACUUUGUAUCCUUCUUGUCGGCGGAACAAUAAUCGUUAAUCGAUGUCGCUGCUAGAGUAGAGGGACGAGAGUGUCGGAAUUCGUCGUCGGGUAUAUCGCGAUUCACCGCCGGUCUCUCCAGGAGACCUUUCUUCUCGCGUUAUGCGGAAGGAGACGCGAGUUGUCUCCAGCUGACACGAAUUCAAUGUACGAAAACCUUGACGUGAACCUUUUUUGUUUGAAUAAAAUCUGGAGGAAGGAGAGAAAUAAAACUUGGAAGAUGUUUCCGUUCAUGUGAUCAACGAAAUUUCAUCCACCCCGAAGGAGUUGAGCUUACUAUUCUCGAACAUCGACUAGUCUAAUGUCGAUCGCGCGGACGAUCGCUAAGUAUGUCCGGCGGAAGCCGGAUGCACGCUUAUUUUUGCUAUCCUAGAACGAUCGCGAGAAAUUAUUAGCUGCUAUCGUGCAAAUUUGUGAUGAAUCAGAAUGAGUAAAGUUCAAGAGAACAUUAGUACAAUAUAAUUCGUGAGAUAGCUCCUAAUCAAACGACGACUCUAUUAGAUCAGUAUAACGUGUCUAUGAGGUCGCGCCUCCGCGAAUCUUCAGAGUCGUUCAAUCCUGCUGCGAGCUUUCCGACACAAUCGAUCUCGCGGCUGAGAGAUUGCCGUUGGUUUUCCGCGGCGAUCUCGAGCCGAACUCGCGUUAUAGAAGAAACUAGAGAGACAGAAAGAGAGAAAGCGAGAACCUGUUGUUAGAUUAAAAUGUCUCGUAAGAUCGCGAGAGAAAAGGAGAGACAGAGAAAAAGAGUGACAGAGAGAGAAAGAGAGAGAGAGAGAGAGAGAGAGAGAGAGAAAGAUUAGGUAAAUUUGUUAAAUAUUAAUAUUCGUAUCGAUUCUUCUCCCCCUCCCCCUUCCUCAUGUGCAAUUAUUACGCGAAAACGACACCUUGUAUAACACAGUUGUCCGAAAGAUUCUCUUGCCAGGUUUCCCGGUGGAUUCUUCCCGAGAUACUGAGUAAUUCGGGCGUAUGCUCUUAGGUGCUUUUAAAAAGAGGAGAGGAGCGAUCUUUGUCGACUCGGCGACCGCGAAUUCGAGCUUACAGGUGACGCUAGUUGAUAGCGCGGUGAUGUUUUUACCAAUCUUAGAAGUAUAAAAGUACGUCGCGCAUUGACGAGUUUAGUCGGUGUUUUUAGCCGUGAAAGAAAUAGCGUUCCCGCGAAAUAGCGCAAGCGCGGCGUCGCGCGCUGGGCUCAACUCCUAACCGCGUUUUUCACCGGCGUGACUAGCACAACUCGCUUGCCCUACAACACACGCGCGGCGAUGUGUAUAAAUUAUUUGGCGAAGAAAGAAACGCGAGAAUAUCCGCGGGCAGGAUUGAUCGUUACGCAGUUUCGCCGGGCGAGACGCGUUUGGGGACUGAAGCCGAUCUCGUUUAAACCAAAAAAAUCCACUAUGCUUCGUUAGUGAUUCGUUAUCUCUCUCGAAAAAGGAAAAAUCAUGGAAUAUCGAGUCCGAGUUGCCUGAAUUGGAAGUGUAAGUGUGUGAUUGAUGAGCGUAUUAGCGGCCAUCUACACGAAUUUGGCGCCGUUGAAAUUCCGAUCGACGCGAAGCAUAGUGGACGGCUGAAGGACGUAGCGAAAGGAGCGUGUUGUUUGAUUAGAUCCUCGAUUUUUCGUAGAGAUAAUCGCACGUUUCCCGACAACGCAAGAAUCCUUCAGUGCAUCCGUCGCGCGAACCAUAGAACAUAUAUACACGAAAGAGGAACGCCUUUGUUUCCUAUGGAUAAAAAAUGUGACCAAGUUGCGUGUGAGAGACCAAGGAAAUAGGGACUAAAAGUCCUCUGUACGCAUUCGCUGAAAUUGUAAAGAAUAGAAACCGUCGAAAAAUUAUUGACUGACAACGAUUUUGACGUAUGCGUGCAGAAGACGAUUAAUCCAUGUUUAUCUCCUUUCUCUCUGGCACCUUCUUCUUUCGCAACUCGGACACACUUUCAGUAUCUGCAUUCUUCUUCCAUGUAUGUAUGCGUUAAGGCGCGAACGGCCGCAUCGUGGCGUCGUAAGUAACAAAAAAGGAAAAAAAAAAGAAAAGAAACCGCGCGAAAAUGAUGUCAAUUUUAUCGACAAGUACGAUUAAGCUUAGAGAGUACCUAUGUGCGUACGUCGACCGAUAGCGGAUCCCGUUCGACUGAGAAUUACCGCCUAUGCGAUAAAAGCCGGCCGAUCCUGUGCGACUAGCGACGUGGCUCUAAAAACUUGAAAUACGGCAGGCGAUUCCUGCGCGCACUGAGAGAAAAAACAAUGCUUCACAUAGCUAAAAUCUUAUAGUUACUUUUCACCCCGACCACGUUUUUGGUAGCAAGACGGUAAUAGUGGCACGCAUACAAGACUAUUAUCACAUUAACGUUAUAUUAGAAUAUAAUAAAGGAAAAAUGGUUUUCUUCAUCACAAUUCGUAGUAGUUAUUUCUCCAUGCUAAUAUAGUUAGAAACACCAGACAUUUUUUUCUCAGUGCGGGAUUUUCUACACAGUUGCAAUCUUUCGAGGUUGCAUUCCGAAACUAUUCUGUUUGUGGAGAGUUCUACCGAACAUAGUUUGUGUUACAUAUACAGUGGAUUUUCAGUAAAAUUCUCCUCAAAAGGGACGUUUCGAAAUGCAAUGCAAAUUCUCUCCUUAUCGGGAUAUAAUCAUGUAAAUAAUGAAGCAAAACUGUCGUGAUGAUGCGAAAUUCAUCGAUUUUAAGGUUGCAAUUGUUGCGAUGAAUUGACCGUACAUUGAAGAGGCCAAAUGCUAGCCGGAUGCGGUCGCGCCGGCCGCCCUGAACAAUUUACCAGCGUUUCGCUGAGGCGAACAGAAACAUGAAAAUACGAGCUUUCCGUUUUGGCAUAAGUGUACGAAGUUACUCGUAAGUGUUCAUAACGUAAUUACCAUAAUUAGCACUUAGGGACGGAGCUAAUUUACAUACAAAAUACACGUGUGACUGGAGACAAGUGUUUUCUUUCCGUUUCUUUUUCUUCGCAAAAAACAACACAUGAAGCAGCAAAAACGCGGCAGAUAUUUGUAAAUUACAAUAUUUGAAAGAUACUCUCUUAAAGUGAAUCAGUGAAUAGUCACUGAUAUCAGUUAUAAGUAUAGCACUGAAUACUUUCAGUGCACCACUUAUAACUGCAAAUCAGUAUAUAUUCACUGUUUUCAAUAAUGUUUCACUGAUUCAUUUUAAGAGAGUACGGGUGCUCGCGCGGGUAUUCGAGUAAAAACCCGAAAAAGCUAAAAUAUCCGGGUAAUACCCGAAAGACCUGGUUACUCGAGUGUUUAUCCGAAUAGUCGAAAUCGAUAGCACUAAUUGCAAAUGGUGAAAACGCACGAUCAUUAUUGUAAUUGAUCAUUACAUUGCAAUUGCAAAUUGGUAUUAUUGUAAUGUUCGCGUUACGCUAAUCGAGUUUGAAGUCUCCUCUGAAUACACAACAUGUCUCUUGUGUGAAGCUUUCUUUUGAAGCUUCUAGUUUUUCACCGUGGAUCUCUCGACUGAUGAUGUCAGAAGCGAGACAAUAUACGUCAAAAAUUCUUUCAAAAUACGUUGAAAUAAAAAGAUUCACUCAAAUACAUGGCUAAAAAGCAGCACACGUUUAUAUAAGAUCAAUAAGUCCAAGAAAUAUGAAAAGGAUAAUCAUGUUAGUAACGACAGUCUCUACGUUAUCGACAUUUUUCGAAUGCAUCAUUCACUUCAGCAUUCUUUUAAUUUUAUGGUUAUUUGUUGAUUAUCAGAGCAAAGGGAAAUUUCCCUUAUUUCCCUUAUUUCCACGUACUUUGCAAGAAUUUUCAGGGAGAUAAUGUCUCGCUUCUGACGUCGUAAAUCAAGAUGGCUGUGGUAAAGGAGCUUAAACUUCUUGUGAUGUCUUCAACAUCCGAGAUCCUCGAUUAAAAGGAGACCUAUUUUUGCUAUUCAUUCAUUAUGUUUAAGAAGAUUAACGAUCGAGAAUCAAUAAAAAAAUGCGCGAGAUCUAGUGAAAUUGAGACACGUUGAAAUCACAUAAAUUACCUUUUCCUUCCUAAAUCGACACAAUCAUUGAAGUGAGGGGACGCGCGUUAAGCUGCGAUCGGCAAAUCGAGAUUUUGAAAAUCUUUCUACGUCACACGACCGUGCUUGAUUUUCGACCGAAGCGGGUAUAAUUCGAUCUGUAGACUCGAUUUUGUCCACCGAAUCAAAUGAGAGCAAUGUGGAAUUUUGCUUCGGUUUUCUUCGGGAGAAUACCGUGUCUCUCACUUGAAAAUCACGCACGAGGAAGGCAUUUCUUAGGCGAAAUCAUUAUAGCUCGUGUAUCCGUCCACUGAAUAUAGAGUGCGGUGAAGGAGUUUGCGACAUUGUUACACACAGCGCGGCUUUAAGCGAGAGAAUUUAGCGUGUGAUAGUGUCGAUAAUCCCGAAGGAGCAAUCUUCUCGACGAAACCCGUGAAACGUGGCAAACUGCAAACCUGGCUUCGCAAUUAUUAACCAAUAUGUGUCCGCUGAGCAAGCUCGACAGAAGUGAAAUUAAGAGCUCGUUAAUGUACGACGAUGUCGUCUUAAUUUCGGGCUCGUUCCAGCGCGGCAAGUUGUCUGGCCGACUUUUCUCAAGAAAUCGAGAAAAUUCAUCGCACCUUUAGUUGCCCUUUCAGCUUUUUAAGAUUGAUUUCCUUUUGGAAAACAAUUAGAGUCGGUUGUGCCGAGCCCGUCGAUUAUUAAUCACCUCACGUGCUUGAGGUGGAAGCUUGGAAGGGAAAUAAAAAAUUCGAGACGACCGCGGAUGAUCCUCGAGAUAAUUGUGAAACCGGCGUUUGUCACGUCCUCGAUACCUGAGUUCCUUCACGGCGUUCUAGAUUGCGAAAAGAGCCGAUGAUUUCCUUCGAGAACACGGUUUCUCGCGACAUGCCCGAUUUCCGCCUCGAACACACCGGCGCGAUCUUCCCAAUGGAACAGACAUUGCGGCGACGCGUCGCGAGGACCGCGAUUUGACAAGCGAGUCGUCUGAUUUGUAUCACGAAAGGGUCUCUUUAGCGAGAUAGGCCGAUCGAUCGUUCGCAAAAGCGGUCAAGUGCUGAAAAAAAAUCUUGGAGCUUUAUGUCGCGAGAAACCGACACUCUAAUGCCAAAUUAAAAAGCUCGUUUUCCGAAAGAUUUCCUAAAAAAAAUGUCCUCUCACGACGAAUUAGACUCUUUAAUGUGAUAAAUUUUUGACAAGAGAAAAGGGAAAAAUCGUCUUACAAACAGAUUCCUCAUGCGUUUUGAGGAGUGGAGAUUGAAGGGAAACCAUUUCGGACUUGCCCUAUUUUGCGUGCGAGCGACGUAAGUAUAAAAUAUUACCUAGUGAUACAUAAAGGUGUUUAUGGAAAACGAGAGAGAGAGAGAGAGAGAGAGAGAAAGAGAAUGUGUGUGCGUGUGCGCCUCGGCUGAUAUUAUAUAGUCAAUAUUAGUAGCGCGACAAGAGAGAGGGAAGAGCGGAAAAACGGGAAACAAGCAGUUGUCGAUAGGAAUCGGAGAAGGUGACGCGACGAAGUACCAUGGAGUACCUAUGUUACGCUUGAAAGCUGUACUUUCCACCUAUUUCCUCCGCGGAAGUUGCGAGCUGACCCGCGUUUCGUCGGGAAAAUUUAUCUAUUGACAACGAGACUUAGCUCGGAUAAUCUGACACGUCCGUUCGGCCCCAGCGAGCGAGGAAUAUUGUCAGUCCGCGAAAGGGCGAAACGUAGAAUCGCCCUGAGAAAAUUCGAGAAUUGAAUGCAUUCGAACGCGUUGAAAUUUAUAUUAAUUGUAGCAUGAGAUUUGAUCAUUGCGAUAUUUUCGAUUGUAUAUAUACAUAUAUAAGAAGAAGACGGCUUCACGUCCGAUGAGGCUUUUCAUUGCUCGAAACGCGAGAAUUGCGCUACGCCCGGCAAAAAUCCGAGAAACUGUAAUCGCUUGCUCGAGCUACGUGUUCAUUAAUCGCGAAAGAUUGAUGAAAUAAAGUAGAGUCAGCAAUUGUGCGGCAGAAACCGCGGUGCCCCUCUCCCUCCGCUACGUCUCGCCGUGAUUUCUCCUCAAAUUUGAAUUCUAUGCGUUCUUAGCGUGCGCGCGUUUCCGAACACGAAACACGGGUCAUCGUUUUCGAUCGGCGUUUUCAAGUCGGUGGAUCGAUCCGCCGAUCGGAAGCGUCAAUUGCGAUCGAUUCGAAACGGAAAUACGUACGUCCCGUACGGCGGACACUCGCCGGAUAUUCGUUCCCUCGCGCGAGGAACCUCUCGCUACGUUUCUGUCUAUCUUGUUUUUCUCUUCUCCUUUUCGUUUCUCCUUUCUUUCCUCGAGAACUUUUACGCGCAGCGCGCGCCGCCCUGCGCGGCGACGGAGAACAGCAACGCAUUGACGCGGUUGGAUCAUUCAAUUAAUUCCUUAGAGCCCUACACACUAUGGCGUAUUGUUAUAUUUCUUUUCAGAUAUAUGCGCAUGUAAGCACACAUAUAUGUUUGAUGAUGUAUAAGAUAUGUAGACGUACAUUCGAAACUUGAGUUAUAUAUUUAACAUGAGUACUAUUUAAUAUAUGAUUCAAGCUUAUAAUAAACGGGUUGUAUAGAGAA